GGGACGGCGAGAAUUCUACCACUGAACCACCAAUGAGCUUUUGUUUAUGUGGGUUAUAUUCAUCAGUAUCUACCAUACUAGAAAUUAAAACGGAAAGUUUUAAAAUAUAUAUUAACACAUUUUAAAAUAACGGUAAACCCAUUACGUAUUUAUAUUACAUUACUUUUUCUGCAAAUCUCUUUAAUGCCUGGCUUAAUGAAAGAUUCUCAAAUCUACAUUCAACCUGUUGUGAUAUCAUAAGCCACGUAGCCUCUAGAAGCCUCUUCUGUACACUCAGAGGAUGAAAAUGAGAAAGGCAAAUAACAUCUUAGAAUUAUUAUGAGAAUCGUUUUCUCGUUGUGGACCCCCCUGAAACGUUUUGGGACCCCCGGUGGUCUCCAGACCACACAUUGAGAGAAUUGUGUGUUUCAAUUGCAUUAUUUUAUUCUCUUGUUGAAUUGUACUCUGAUAUUUUGGCAUCAGCAUGCAUUGAGGGAUGCUUUAAGAAAAAGUUUUGGAAGUUCGCUCUGCUAUUUAUUAUUGGCAUUUGGUGAGGAAUUUGUCCAGUACAAAGGGGAACAUUGCACAUUGUCCCUUUCAUGAGGAACCACAGGAGCCAUUUCCUUCAGAUUUCAGUGCCAGGAGAAGCUGUGCCACUUCUGAGCCACUGGUAGGUUUUUAAAUCUUAUUAAAACAGAUUUUCCUAACUAAUCAUAUUUUCUUCUUUGCUUUGGCAACUAGGAAGCUCAGAGCCUAAUUUUCAGCCCACUUUCAGCCUUUGUAUAGGUAUGCAUGUCUGUACACUAAUCUUCCCCUGGCUUUCUUACUUUCAUUUUGUUUCCCUCCCCUCCUCAAUUUCUUCAUCUACAUCUUGUUAUCCAUUUAUAUAUUUCUGUAAGUUAUGUUUUACAUUAUUCUAUGUGUUUUUAUAAAUUGUCUCAGAGCAUUUUUUGAACAAGGUUGAGUGUAAAUUCUUUGCAGUAAAAAUUUUCCCUUUAUUGUAUUAUUGUGUAAAGCAUUUGUAUAAAAUAUUAGCAUCUAGUAGAUUAUAGAGUCUGUUUUGAUUUACAGAAAUUAGUGAAUCCCUUUCUUUUCUGGUGGUACUUUCAUCAAGUUGCCUUAGUAAGUAGAAAGUUGACCAUCCUUAUCUGGAAAUAUUAAAAUGUUAUUUUGUUUCUUUAUAUACUAUAUAUAUAUAGUACAGUUACUUGGCAGUUCUGUUAUUUACUACCUACCCAGAGCCUCUGCCAUAUUUUUUUCAUUUUAUUUAUGUCUCAUAUACACAGACAUUUUUGUUAUUAGUAUUUUUUCAUUUAGUCAUAACAGGCAUUCUUUUUGUGCCUGCUUUUGGAUCUUCUGUGAAUUUUUACCAUUAUUUUGAGUUAUGUGUGCAUGUUUUCAUCUAUGUAGUUCUGCUGAGGACAACGGCACGGGUUGAUUUUAAACUGGGAAAAAUUUAAAACAGUAAUAUAUCUAAACUAUAAAGCUUUUUCCUCAUAAUCAUUAGAGCCUGAAAUUACUUAAUGGAAGUACCUCUUUUGAGGACUCUGCAGACAGACCUACAAUGAUAUUAUUAAGGAUUUGUGUUACAUCUACCCUUCUUUAUUUCAUCAGAUGGCUGGAUGUGUUUCAUGAAGAGACAUAUUUUGCUGAGAUUUUUUGGAAAAAAGUACUGUUAUACUUCAUGCAAAAUAAAAUGGGUAGAAAUCAAAAUGUAUUUUGUAUAAAAUAUUCUCGUAACUUUUUAAAGAUUAGACUUUGCAUAUUUGUUACUAUAUAGAUGCUGUCGUUUCAAUUUUCAGAAGACUGUGCAGUCUUUUUAACUGAUGAAGAACAAGGCUUUGUCUUCCUGUAAUUCUGAAGUGAAGUUGAGUCACCCAACAAGAAAACUAAAUCCAGUUUAAAGAUAGGCAUUAGUAAUAGAAUGCUGAAACAAACCUCUGGAUUAGCUUCAUUGGCUUUCCUGCUUCUUUUGCAUCCCAAAGCAUAAGCUUAAAUCGUCUCAGAGGGACAAGGUCCGCCAGUUUAUGGCAUUUACGCAGGCUGGCGAAAGAACUGCUAUAUACUGUUUAACGCAGAAUGAGUGGAAACUAGAAGUGGCAACAGACAACUUCUUCCAAAACCCAGACUCGUUCUACAAAGAAUCCAUGAGAAAUUCAGUAGACAAGAAGAAACUAGAACAACUGUAUAACAGGUACAAAGACCCACAAGAUGAAAAUAAAAUUGGAAUUGAUGGAAUUCAGCAGUUUUGUGAUGAUUUAAACCUAGAUCCUGCCAGUAUCAGCGUUUUGGUCAUAGCAUGGAAGUUCAGGGCAGCUACUCAAUGUGAAUUUAGCAAAAAGGAAUUUGUAGAUGGCAUGACAGACCUCGGGUGUGAUAGCACAGAAAAGCUAAAAGCUCUUUUGCCAAGAUUGGAACAAGAGCUUAAGGACACAAUGAAGUUUAAAGAUUUUUAUCAGUUUACCUUUACCUUUGCUAAGAACCCCGGGCAAAAAGGUUUAGAUUUAGAAAUGGCUGUUGCAUAUUGGAAUUUAGUAUUAUCUGGAAGGUUUAAAUUCUUAGAUCUUUGGAACAAAUUUUUGUUGGAACAUCACAAAAGAUCAAUCCCAAGGGACACUUGGAACCUUCUACUAGAUUUUGGAAAUAUGAUUGCAGAUGAUAUGUCUAACUACGAUGAAGAAGGAGCGUGGCCUGUCCUUAUAGAUGAUUUUGUAGAAUAUGCACGGCCAGUAGUCACAGGUGGAAAGCAAAGCACUUUCUAAGCAGAACAGUUAAGCUGGAUUAAGAUGAUAAAUGAAUUGCAUCCUGUAAAGGAGACAUUUUGGUCAGUUACUGUGUACAUUUCUCACUGAUUUCAAAAGUCAUCCUGACCAGUCGUGAAACUAAAACAGCCAUCCAAUUGUACUUAAAGAGAACGGCGACUGUGUUAUGGACACUGCAAAAUUCUCAGAAGAUGACUGCUUUGGAAUAUGUGGAGAUGGGGGUCGUUGUAGCUGUUGCUUUAAGAGAUUGCUGCAUGAUUUUUAUAUUUAAGAAAAAGUAACACAGAGCCCAUUUUGCAGGACUGCAGAGCAUGCUAUUUAAUCCACGAUUUAAGGUGAACACCAGCAGUUCCCGAAACUCCUGCUGAAUUAUAUUGUAAUUACAUUUAAAAAACAGUAUUUGUGUUCUCAAGUAGGAUGUUGUAUUUUUAUACAAGUCAAAGGUGUUAAAAAUGUGCCCUAAAGAUGAUCUUGUAAUGGAUUCUAACAUUUUUUAAACUUGGUGCCAGGAAUUCAAGAUUUAUAUUUUUUGAAUUAUCGGAUAUCUAGAUUUGCCAAAUCUAUUUUUGUUUGUUUUAAUUUUCCUAGCUGUUCAUCUGUAAAUCAUUUUAUAAUUUUUAAUAUACCAUUACAGUUUGCACAGUGUGUGAUUUCAGGAAAGUUUUACUUGAAAGUGUUUACAAGUCAGCGGGCCUAUUUUACUUUUAAUGUUAUUUGAACUUCCUAAGAAGUUUUCUUACGGUAUGUUUUUUUUUAAAAAAAAUAUUUUAUUACAUUUAAAAAGACAUUUUUCUAUGAAAAAUAAUUUCUUUUGUGAGUGAUGAAUUACCGAUUUAAAAAUCAAGUGAGCUAGUUCCUUUCAAAUAUCUACAACAUCUGCUAUAAUGUCUAGCAUCCAACCCUUUGUACAAAUUGUACAAUUUAGAAGCUAAAAUAUACAUCAUUGUGAGAAAACAAAACAAAAAAGCGGAAACCUUCAUCUUAUUUGAGAGCUGAAAUCUGUCUUUGCAUCCUGUUACCUGUUUUUUAUGAUCUCUACCUUGUCAAAGUGAACCCUCUGGCGCAGCACAAGAAUAAAUUACGUGCGGUCCAAAGGCAUGUAAAGCCUAAGAUGUCUCCUUGCUCUUCCUUUGGCAAAGCUCUUACGUAGAGUUCUGGAAAUUACUCUCUAUGACCCUACCUCAUAUUUGAAAAGAGGAUCUUAAUGCAUUUGAUCUUCACAUUGCAGGUGUGCCUUGCUGCCCAUAUACGAUACAGUUUAUGAAACAGAUAAAUUGGCAAUUAUUUUACAGGAGAGAGUGUGAGAGAAGAGCUUCACUUCAGACUUCCUAUAAACUAGACAGCUUGCCUAAAAUUUGCAGUUUGAUUUGACUCCCAAAAAUAGAAUUAAUUCAGUGUUUCAGGAAACAGCUGUUUAAAACAUGAGGCACAUCUGUUUAGGUAUACUUGCUAGGAUAUGAACUAUAUAUGCUUUUGUCUAGAAAUCUUCAAAAAAGGGCAGCAGGGAAUAUGGGAUAGAGGAGUGAAAAAUGGUCAUGAAGUUUGAAGACCAAGAUUUAGGCCUGAGUCGACCAUUAAUUGUAUGUCCUGGGACGAGUCACUUAGCCUUUCCUGGGCCUCUGUUUCUAUAUCUAUAAAAGGAAAAAGGCCAUCUUAACCUUCAGAAAUCUGUGAUUCUAAGAGAACAUUUAUUUAAUACAAUAAAAGCUCGCUUUAACAAAAACUUCAAAAAUUUAAAAGCAUCCUUCUAGGCUUCAUAGAUUGACAUGUAAGUGUUCUGUUUAGAGAAAUUUAUAGAACUCAGAUAAUCAUGAAGGUCUGCAAUACUUUUUAAAAAAAGAAAGAUUUAAAGUACUAUAGGGUUGUUUAUCGAUAGUUAUCAAAAUAUUAGUAAUUGGACAAUGGCUCUUCAAAAAAUUGUGGAUUUCUUUUCCUUCUAUUAUAUACAUUUAAAUUAUGCAUGUUAUUAAAAUGCUAAAAUCUUCAAAAAACAUUCAAAUAAAUCAUUUUCUCUGGU